UUUUAUUAUUAUCUAUCUUUUAUUUUAUUAUAUUUUUUAUAAGCAUUAUUAUUAUUAUUAUUAAUAAUAAUAUUUUUCAUUUUCCUGAUCAGAGCCACAUGUGAAAGUGACAGUUUUUCUGUUACUUUUAAUUUCUAUAGCAACUAUUUUAUUUUUUGGUCGCCUACUGGUGACAAACAUGUGUCUGUAGUUUUUAGAAGAAUAGGCAAAAGUAAAUUUCUUGAUUUCCUUUGCAACUGAGGUUUUUGAUUAACCACGCCCACAUUCCUGAUAUAGUCAUAUCAUGUUUCAUAUGGUUUUGUUCAGACUGAGCCAAGGAUUCAUCAUCUGGUCAAUCUACUUUACAUUCUGGAUAGUGGAUGUUUUUGGAUGAUCUUAUUGGAACCCUAAGUGUUCAUCAGAACAUGAAGGAACGUCUUCUGCUGCUGGUUUCAGCUCUGAAAGCUGAAGUGGGUCAUGAAGACCUUUGAGUCGUCAAACACAGGAGGAGGUAACGGCGUCACCCGUUAGUGUUAGAUCUACGUUUUUACUCAAAUAGAACCGAUUCAAAGAGUUGUCAGAACGGAUCUGAGGGUUCCUCUGCUUUCAUGUCUGGUCCGUCCCCGAGGCGCUCCGCUGGAAUAAUCUGAUCCUCUCUGGACCUCUGUCAGCGGGGCUGGGAAUGACUCGGCAGUGAUGUGGUUUCAUUAAAUCCUCUUAAUGAGCGGCUCUCGGAGGGCUCCGUGUCUCACUCCUGGGAUUACUUCUCAAUCAAGACGCCAUCAUCCCUCGUCUGGCUGCCUCCCACGUGGCGUUACGACAGAGGUUUCGGCGAGCUGUCACAUUCCACAUCAGAUUUUCAGAGGAGCUGCCCUCUCCAUGCGCCGCUGACCCGGAUUCUGCGUGGGGGCCGCGCGGCAGGACGACUGCUGUGACUUCCUGCGUCAGAGCGCGGCGGGCUGCGGGCCGUCUGAAGGCAUGUCAGGAACGGAGCCGCAGGCCGAUGACAUCUGAGCGGUCAUGGAGGCUGUCGGAGCGGCGAACACGACGCAGGCGGAGCUUCGCCUCUUGGCCACGCCUGACGACGAGCCCGAUAGUCUGGAUUACCGGGAUUACGGCCAGAACGCCGACGCCCCUCUGCCCACGGGGUUCGAGGGCGUUAGCUUCCCGGAGGACCCCAUCCGCCUGCUGAGCGUGCAGGUGGUGUUGAUCUUGGCCUACAGCACCAUCAUCGUGUUGGGGGUUCUGGGUAAUUCUCUCGUCAUCUACGUCAUCUAUCGCUUCAAGACACUGAGAACUGUCACCAACUUCUUCAUCGCUAAUCUCGCCGUCGCCGACCUGCUGGUCAACACGCUGUGCCUGCCCUUCACGCUGGUCUACACGCUGCAGGGCGAGUGGAAGUUCGGCAGCACCCUCUGCUUCCUGCUGCCCUACGCCCAGGGGCUCGCCGUGCACGUCUCCACGGUGACGCUCAACGUCAUCGCCCUGGACCGACACAGGUGCAUCGUGUACCACCUGGAGACCAGGAUGCGCAAGGAUGUGUGCUUCGGCGUGAUAGCGCUGACGUGGGUGCUGAGCGCCGUGCUGGCCAGCCCUCUGGCCAUCUUUAGGGAGUACGGCUCAUUCACGCUGGAGCCGGGACACACCAUCCAGGUCUGCACGGAGAAGUGGCCCGGAAAAAGCACCGACGGCACCAUCUACAGCAUCUCCAUGUUGAUCCUGCAGUACUUCCUGCCACUCUCCAUCAUCUCCUUCGCCUACGCUCGUAUCUGGUCCAAACUACGGGGCCACGUCAGCCCAGCGGAGGGCGGCGCCAACAGCAGUGCCGGUUCCGAGCGCCACCGUCGGCGGCGGAAAACGACCAAGAUGCUGGUGACCAUGGUGGUGGUGUUUGCCGUCAGCUGGCUGCCCUUCCACGCCUUCCAGCUCGCCACCGACAUCGACAACACGGUGCUGGACAUGCGCGACUUCCGCCUCCUCUACACCAUCUUCCACGUGGUCGCCAUGUGCUCCACCUUCGCCAACCCUUUACUCUACGGCUGGAUGAACCGCAACUACCGCGCCGCCUUCCUAGCAGUCUUCAAGUGCCGCAGGGGGGCAGACCGAGGGAGGAGCGGUCGACUGGACAUGGUUCACCCCAUCAACGGAGGAGGCGGUGGGCGGGCUAAGAAGAUAGUCCUGGAAACCCAGGAAGCGGUUUCUGCACAUCUCAACGCCACAGAUGUUUGAAAUCCAACAAAGUCCGAACACGUGAGACAAGAGGAAGAUAAAAAAAGGAGGAUGGAAGAUGGAAAUAAACUUUUCUUCCAUUGAAAACAAUAGAUCCAAGCAGAGACUUAACAUGGAAAAAGAGGCGAGAUAAAGACACAAGCAAAAAUAGAAGCGGCAGAGUGGGAGGCAGCCAGCGGUGGGGAUUAAAGAUCUCUGAGAAACCCAAAACAGAUGAGGCAGAGAAGACAAUCUGGGAUUAGAUGGACCCUUCAGAGAAGACAAGCUUCUUUUCAAACAAUUCAAGCAUUAUCUUCUUGGGGACGUGACCUCAACAUGGAGAACAUGGUGGAUGGAUUUGUAUUUAGGAGGAAAAGAUGGGUUUCUAAUAGGCUUUAGGUCCGUCUUCACAUGCAACGGCCUGCAGAAUCAGAUGCUGUCAAACAGCUUAUUGAGCUUGAAGGGACGCAUGAUGCAAACUGACCGAAAUCUCAGACUUCAGAGUACGGAGAGGCGAUUAAAAUGAAAUGAAAGUUGGACUGAAAAUAGACCUUAAAAAGGUUAAAAAAAAGAGUAAAUAAUAGUGUCUAAUUUCCAAAGCUUUGGAAGGUUUUGUUUGAUUGCUCGGUACAUGACGGUGAAAAAGGAAAAAAGAGACGAGGGCAGGAGAGGAACGAGCGCUGAGGGCAUCAGUGAGAGGCAGAAGGAGUGAAAUGUGGGUUAAUGAGGCAGAGAGCUUUCACAGUAACCAGCUCUAAUUGGGUUGACAGACGGACGAAAAUAUUUGGAAAACCAAAAGGUUACAUCGCUGAUCUUUUUCUUUUAGGUUUAACUUCUGGUGCCUUUUUCCCCCGACCAUCAUCAUCUCAGUUUAGACUCUGAAAAGGGCCAGCUGGUGGUUUUAACUCAUGAUAGAAAUUUAAUUCAAGAAUUGUAAAAUGAUCUUUAGGGGUAAAAAAUUCUCACUUCUGACAUUUGAACGCACUAUUUUUAAAAACAUGAUUAAUGCUUUUAAUUUUUAAAUAGAAUCGAGGUAUUAUCUGCUUCAAAAAGGAACUAUUCUCAUUAAUUCAGCCGCUCAAACUCAUAACUGAUGAUUUAUGAAGCAAAAACUAACUUAACUGCAUUUUUAAUUUGAACGUUUUCAUAUUUAUUCAUCCUAUUAGAGGACUCGGUUGAAGCUGCUGUAGCUGUUAAGACUUUGUUAAAAGUAAAUACUGAUAUCAGUGGACCGUCAGUCAAUAGACGGUGAACCGGUUAAACUGAGAAAAGCUCAGUAUGCGAGUGAAUGUGUGGCCAUGUCAGUAAAACCCAGUAAAAAGGAGAAUUUAGUUCCAGUUGAAUACGAAUGAAUGAUAUUUCGUAAAGAAUCAAUACCAGAUCCCAGAUCAUGACCAUCCCCCAAAAUGUAUUGGUUUUAUUUCUAGGGAAACAUUUUCUUUGGACCAAGGAAAAAGUUUGGAGUUUAAAUUCCAGGUUUAAAUGUUCUAUACGGUGACAUUUGAUGUAAUAAUUUAAAAAUUAGGUAAUAAUAUUGUGUAUUUAUUAAGUUCUUUGGUCUUUGGUCUCCCUUUGCAGUCCCUGGAUGACGGCCAUCAGUCACUGGAACAAAGUCAAAACUCAGCUCAAAUUUUAACCAGAUUUGAGUUUUCGAAGCCGCUUUGUUCCUUAAACUGACCUUUUCUGAAAGGUCUGUAAAUGUUACAGACCUGCAGGAGGUUCAUUAACACUUUGUGCUGAUAUUGAGGGUUUUAAACAGCAUUUAUAAAUGUUAACAGCUUAGGAACAUUUCAUUCACUCAUGCCCACAGGUUGUGUUCAGAUAAUUAAGAUCCGGAACACCAGGAUGUGGAAGGAAAAAAAAUCUUAUUUUUGAGACAUUUGGAACAUUGUAUUAUUAACUAGAUGAUUGAUAAGCCCUAAGCUAUGGGUUUUAUGGUAAAAAAAACGGUAACCUUAGAGUCCCUAGCAUCAGAAUUUAACAUUAAGAACAAAAAUUUUGCUCCAAACAUCAACAGUGCUGCAGACUACAGCAUUGAAACAAUUAAACCUAUAUGGUCUUCACAGUUUCUUGAAAUCAAAAUAAAUAAAUAGUGCAAGCAAAAGCAUCCAGUUUUGAGAUAUUUAAAAAUUCUUAAUUUGUAUUAUAAAAAAAAUUCAAUCUCUUAGUCCAGUUGAAACUAAUUUAAAAAAAAAUAUGUAUCAUGUUUAUAUGCGUAUAAUGUCUCAAAUUCGGUCUAAACUUGAGUGUGAAAUUCAUGGAGGACUAAACCAGGAGUUAUUCCAGACCUUUGAGAUAAUCUAAUACACUUUAUUACCUAUAAAAACAUUAGUUACUUUGAAUAAUUGUACAUUUUUGAACAGCAUUGCCAAGUUUAGAAUUGUUCUAAUAUCCUGGAGCUUCAUUCUCAUGUUGCUCAGAAUUAGAACAUUUUAAGAAUAACUGCGUGUCUUAAACCUGUCAUUUUAGUUUGUGGUUGUCAGGAAAAGCAAUAACUGUGAAAUUAAACUGUCUCGUGGUUGGAGACAAAAACUUGUUCUCACUGAGCUGCUACAACAACUGAUAUUAUUAGCAGCAUUUAAAUGAGAAUUUGAAAAAAAAAGUCUAGACAGAAAAUGGGAUUCAAACUACCUUAGAUGCACAAAGAAAUGACUCAAUGUCAUUAAAAACCCAAUAAAAAACACAUUUCUCAAAGUAGUCACGGACAUGUGACAUGUGUCCCAUCUUAAAUUGGUCUCAAACAUGUCUGGGUUUAAUUUUGAAGGACUAGAAGAAUAAACUUGUGGGAUAACUUAGAAUAAAGUGACUCAAGUAUUGUAAUCGUGGCGUGAUGUUCAUGGGAACCUCCAGCUGGUUCUAGGUCAGGUUUUUAAAGUGACCAAGACUAGAAUAUUAUUCAGAUGAUUUCCCACCAAAAAUUAGUUUCAAUCCACUUCUGAUGACGAUUUCUACUUAUGAUCUGUGACAGCUUAAUGACAAACACUUUGACUUGUGGUUGAGAAAGGGAACCAAACUUGCCAUCCUCUGAUCGGAGCCUGAACACUUAAACUCUGCUCUGUGGCUGCCCAUAGAUCCAGAUUAACUUAAUUCUUUCAACAAUGGUCACCGGCAUUGUGACACAAUCUAUAACAAUGUUAAGGAUUCACCAAAAACAAAAACUGUAGACCAGUGGCAAUAAAUAAAACUAGUUUGGCCGGAUUGGAAUUCCUCCCAAACCUCUAAGUUUGGUCCUUGAUGUGGAGAGUUAUGGAAAAGGGGGGCUAUGUCCAAACUCAUUCACUACUCAUUAUAUAGUGCGUUUGCCAUUUUCUACUGCUGGCUGAAUCUACACAUCCAGAAUCGAGUGUACUAGAAAUUCCCCAGAAUUCUUUGCAAAAAAAUUGGGUGAAUUUAUGCAUACUAUAUUAGCUAAUAUAGGCCCCAAUGAAUUGUGUUUGAACAAUUUUUGCAACAAAAAAAAUUUGUUUAAAUAUAAUUUUUUGACAAACUAUCCCCGUUUUCAUCAACAGAAUAGAGUCAUAAAUAGACGUCAUAAAAUGUUUGCAUGGAUUAGAUUUUCACUUUGUGACAUUGGUGAUGUCUAGAAAAACGGCGAAAAAAAGUAGUAAGCAUGGUGUCUGAAUUGCUUUUGAAAUUCCCUCCUCCUAGAGGGUUAGCCCUUAAAAAACUAUUUUGGACAUCCCUACCCCUCCAAAUGCCCCUACAAUUGGAGGGGUAGGGAUAAGACAUAGGGGUAGGGGAAGGAUUCUGAAUCAACCUCCAAUUUACUCCAUCUAAAUGCUAAUACAGUUCAUGUUUUAACCAAUACUAAUAACUCAUUGUGACUUUCAUAGUGGCGAACAACCGUUUUUGUCUCCAUAUAUGAAAAUACAAAAAGAGAAAAGUAAUCUGAUUGUAAAAUCUAUGACACAAAGUAAUUUAUUAACAUAACUGAUCACAAGACUUUUGGAAUGGUAUUAAUUUCAUGUAUUUUUACCUGCUAUUGAAACAAAAUCUUUUGAUUUAAUCAACAAAAAAACUGAAUACUUUUAAUUAAGAACUAGAAACUUCAUAGACACUUUACUUUAAAGAUUUAUUCAUUUCCGGAAACUGUAGGGAAAUCCGGCUUGUAAAAAUCAAUAUUAUUCUGCAACUUUAGAGCCAUAAUUACAAUGUUUGAAGUUAAUUUUUACUGCGCUCCACAGUAUUUAUAGCCAGUGAUCUCCGACGUAACAAAUAUUCAUGCUCAAAUUUUCAGAAACACAUCAUGAAACAGAAGUCAAAUUAACGACCUGAUUGGUUGUGCUGUUCACACAAAUCUGAACUAUGUUGAGCUCUUUCUUUUUUAGCUUCUAUUAAUCCCCUUGUUUUUGCCGCCUCGUUAACAUAUUAUAAAAUGUCUUGAAUGAAUAAGUGUGGCGUUCUAAUUGCCUCCUUGAUAAGCUAUAGUUUUAAUUUCGUGACAGCAGGAGAAGCCGUAGCAACCUGACAUCCUUUAACGUAAUGAGGUGGAAUUGGAAUAGGGAUGAUUAAACAGUCAUUCCAAUAUUUAGUAGAUUGAUUUAAAUGACUUUUUCGGCACCAGGUUAUUCAAUCAUUGAAGUGAGAUAACUGUGAGAUAAUUACAAGCUGAUGAAUGUGACGACGUCCUCCUCUGCAAGUGACCUUCGUGUGUUUGAAAAGCUAAACUUUUGGGUCUCCAGCUCACGUUCUUUGGGUCUAUUUAUGAAAAUGACUGCGUUCUCUCUGCAGGGCUUUUACCGCCUGAUGUGUGAUAACGAGCUGCAGACACACACAGCAUGUGCCGUCGUCAGAUCGCUCCGUUGCCGUACGAAGAUACCCCGCCAAUUUCCUCCAAACAAAUUAAACCCAUUGUUUAAAUGUCAUUAGCAUAAUGACCCUGUUAGUGGAGUUCAGAUGGCCGUUUCCUGUAACCGGUUUGGAUUGAGUGUGACCUCAAUGGAGGGAAAACUCCCUUCUGAGACGGUCUAGAAACGCACGAGCAGGGGAUCAAACCAUCGCAUAAAUCCCUCUCUCUGAGCUGGACUCCCACAAUCCCUCUGUUCCGUCCCACUGAACUCGUUUAUCUCUGCCCUCGUUUCCUCUCCUCAUCUGUCUGCUCUGCAUCCACUGUGCUGAUGAAUGCAUGCCUAAAUAAGCUCCAAACACACGAAAAGAGAAGAAAAUGAACAAGACAUGCCUGUUCAUGUCGACAUGACCAAGUGCUGAGUCGCUAACGUUCUACAUGUUGAUUAUGCCUGCUAAUUAUACUGACAAUUACUGCAGCGUUUCAUUUUAAAAGAGCUGAGAUAUUUUUCUAAUGACUUCAAAUUAUUACCAUAAUGUGCUUUAGUUAAAAUAAAGAGGGUCUGAAAAUUCAUCUUUCAAAUUACAAGGAAACUUUAGUUUUAAUUUCUAUAAUCAGAAAUCUUUGGCUUUACAAGAUUGACUGGCUCCACAUGUGAAGACAUUAAACUACCUAUUUUGUUUCAAGUCAAAAAUCUCUUAUUUAUUUAAUAUUUUUAAGUAUAAUUUUAAUUGUAGCUCUGUAUUUUGAAUUUGUUUGAAUAAUAAGCACAAAUAUGAGUCAGAUACAACUUCCCAUCUCCUUUUUUGGGGGAAAAUAUCUGUAUUUAAUCAUCAAAUAUAUAACAACUUUGUAGUGUUUGCUUACAACACUAAAUUUUAAAUAAAUAUAUGGAAUCAAAUAACCUUGUAAGAAUAUAUAAAAUAUUUUUUUUUUAUUUUAGCAUUUUUUUUUCCUGAUCAGAAAACUACAAAAUCUGAACAUUUUGAAAAGUUAGCUUAGAAAUUUUUAGCUAUGUUAAAAUUACCCAGCUGACGUUUCCACUGAGCGGUCUGGUACGGUCCAGUCCGGUCCAGCAAGGAGUGGUAAGGUACGGUCCAGUUAAUUUUGUUGAGCAUUUGCACAACAACAAUGGAGGUCAUCCAGCAGCUUGUCUUUUUCUUGCUUUACUUUUCAUACAUCGGGUAAAACACAACUUUAUUGUUGUUUGAAAGAAGAUUGCAGGUGACUAAGAUGAAUUAGCCGCCCACCUGUUAGCUUAAAUGAGCGCUAUACUGGUGCUUUGUAAUGUCGUCAUCACUUUAUGCCAAUCAGCAGGGGGCAACAGCGGCUUCACGCCAGGUAUCCUGUUCUAUUUUUCUAUGGACCUACAACCGAUGCCGGCCCUGAAGAGGUCCAAGUCGGUACUGUUUAAUGGGUCCAUUUUACGAUGGAAACUGUCAAAAUACUGAACCGGACCGGGCUGUACCUGACUGGACCGCUCAAUGGAAACAAGACUUAAGUGGGCUAAAGAAGCUAGCCGGUUUGCUCAGCAGUUUUUAUGUAGCGAUCCGUCCUGGACUGACUUAAAUUUGAAAGCAUGUUGCUGCCCAAUGGCUAGCUAGUUUACUAGCUAGUAAGGUUUAAUUUAUUUGUAGUCCUCAACCUGAUCAAAUCAUUUUGUUAAGAUUUGUUGCUAACGAGCUUUCAACUUACUUCUUGGUUUCCUUACUUGAUGUGUUCAUAACUUUUGUUAUAGUAUACUUGUGUUAACUUUGUUUUUCUUGUCUUCAUGGUAAUCUGGUUUACACUUUUGUGGCAACCAUCCCAGAAUUACACAACAACAAACAAUUUUUAUUUAAAUGCUUUUAGUUUUUUUUAAUGUUAUGUUUUAACUGCCUUGUCAUUAUUGCGUUUUGCAAAUUUUGUAUUGGGAUAAAAUGCUAAAAAUGCUCUUUCUGGCGGAAAUGAGGGACGCUGCUUGACCUUUAUCAAACGUGAAUGUAAACUUCUUUGUAACUUGGCUGUAAUGUUGUACAUUGUAAAAUUCAGUGUAAAUAUUACCUAUGUGAAUGACUGUAACUGAGCACAAACUGUUGGUCAUUGAUUGUGUCCAACAACACAUAAUACUAUUAAGCACAAUCAUACCUCUGGACUGCUUUGUUAUUGUGUCUGUCUUGGAAAUGUGUUGAAACUGUGAUUGAAAACUCAA